GUCGCGCAGAGACCGGAGUGCUGCUGCUGGGUGAUCUUCUUGUGACGCUACUACUAUUAUUGCGCUGGUGACCGCAGAACCGAAGCGAAAGAAGCCGACCGCAACAGCAGCAGAGAGGAUCGCAACAUACUAUGGAUCCAAUGUUCUUUCCGCCCUCCAAUGGAGUUCCAUCCGAGAGCAAGCUGGCGACGUACAUGAGUCGUCAAAAUGGCACGACUCCCGCGUACGGUCUGUCGUCGGGGCUUUCGAAGAUAUCGCUGGACUCUCCGAUAGCGCUCAAAAAAACUCAGGUGACCCCACAGUCGCCCGAAUUCAUUCCAAACAACCGGUUAAGCACAUCGUCCUCGCCGAACUUCUACUCGUCCUACUCGAUACUUAGCAGCAACAAUGGCGGCCCCGUGGUCAGCAACAAUGGCACGAUCGUUGCCGCCGCCCAACCGUCCCAACCGACGGCACCCCAGCUGGCCACGGUCAAGGGUGCGGCGGUCAACAGUGUCGCCAGCUACGUCACCGGCAACAACAUACUGGCCGCCACCCUUACCGGCGGCACGUCCGCCUUCGCGGUAACUCCGAUCAAGGGUCGGAACAUGCUGCGAAACGAAUCACCGCAAAGUACUAAUACAUCCCCCCGUAUUACGCCCCAACCAUCACCACCGCCAAUUACCACCAACAUUCAUCAAGAGAACGUCGGUGGCACCACGUACUUCUACCCAACUGCAACCAAUCAUCAAUUAACGCCGAGCAGUACAGUUAACACGACUGAUAAUUCCUUUGUCCACAUAGCGAGCUCACAAAUCAAUCUGAAUUAUACCCAUCCAGGACACGUUUACCCGGGACCUGCAUCGCAUGUUAUCAACAUGCAAUCGAAGGCGCAAGUGUCGAUGGCGUUCUUUAUGCCGGACGAACUAAGAAACGAUAUUUUAUCACGCAAUGAGCUAGUGAAUAGUAUUGAUAGCGACAGUCAAGAUAUACCUCUCGAGGUGGAAAAUUACCACUCACUAUGUUUGCUCGAGUCGCAACCGCUUCAUCCGAAACUACCGGUACCGUCGUCCACCUACCGAGCUACGCACAGCGUUAGUGGCGUGAAGUACUGCCUUAGACGCCUUCACGGCUUCCGCCUGCAGUCUACCAAGUGCAUGCAGGUGGUGGACAUGUGGAAAAAGCUCCAGCACACCAACAUCGUACAGCUGCGCGAAGUGUUCACCACGAAAACGUUCGGUGAUAAUUCGCUAGUGAUAGUGUACGAUUAUCAUCCCGGUUCGCAGACUCUGCUCACGAAGUACUUUCCGGCUGUUCCCGAAACGAACGGCUAUACCGAUCCGUUCGCUGGCGAGGCACGACCUUUUAGUCACAAAAGCUCGCUACAUCGUACGCUUACAACAUCGCUCCUGCCGGAAAACGAAAUAUGGUCAAUUAUCAUGCAGUUGAGUGCCGGCCUGCGAGCAAUGCAUCAGGCGAGUCUGGCCUGUCGAACACUCGACCCUACGAAGAUUAUCGUGACGGGUAAACGGAUACGCUACAGUUGCGUGGGCAUUUCGGACAUUGCCACGUUUGAUCCGAACCAACCCAACCCCCUGACCGUGGUUAACCAUCGUCAGCAGGAUGACCUGUCUGCCCUGGGCAAACUGAUACUUGCCCUUGCCUGCCGCACGUUACAAUCGGUCCAGCGUGACCAAAUUCAAAGCAGUAUCGACCUAAUAUCGCGCCACUAUUCGUCCGAUCUCCGGAAUAUCAUACUAUGUUUGCUAAAUCCUACCGCACGGCGCUCGGUAACGGAGAUAAUGCCGAUGAUCGGUGCCCGAUUUUACGUACAACUCGAUGCCCUGCAAGCUCAAUGUGAUAUCCAGGAGGACGAGCUGGCGAAGGAGAUGGAAAACGGUAGACUGUACCGGUUACUCGUGAAGCUGGGCUGCAUCAACGAACGCCCAGAACUCAAUCUGGACGUCACGUGGUCCGAGACGGGUGAUCGCUACAUGCUGAAACUAUUUAGAGACUACCUCUUCCACGCCGUCACCGAGGAUGGGCGCCCCUGGCUCAACCAGUCCCACAUCGUGCAGUGCCUCAAUAAGCUGGACGCAGGCACGUUGGAAAAGGUUCAACUAAUGUCCCGUGACGAACAAUCAGUAUUAGUGGUGACCUAUGCCGAGCUGAAGCACUGUCUGGAUCAAGCAUUUUCGGAGCUGGUCGCGGCUAGCGAGGGCUCCGUCUAAAACUAACCAUCGUGUGCGUGUGUGGUGCGCGUCGUGACUGACGGGUGGCUCCAGUGCUUCUCGCCGUGCCGUUCGGUGGCGGUUUGCUGCUUAACUAAUCAGUACCUUGGCAGUGAAGGCCAAACGUCCUUAAAGUGUCACCUUUCGAGAUGCGGGUUAAUUUACAAUGGUUACCCCCUUUACCGGCAGAGGCAACCGAAACACUGGUGUGUGACGGUGGAAUACCGUUUGAUUUUGAAGCGUUCCCUUUUUUCUUACCAUUCGCAAUCGGGAAUUAGCGUUGCAAAAUUGCGACCGAAAAUUGUGAUCAACCAGCAGUGGCAGCUAAGUGCUAGUGUUGUGUCAAAAGAAUGACGUGUAAAGCAUACCUGAACGUCCGAUCCGGCGAUCGUCACACGCCGCCCACCGCCAUCGAACCGAAGACGUGCUUGACAUCUUGUGCAAGCGAAUUAGUUCCUGCCGCCACAAAGUUCCUGCCCCACAAGAGCAGCAUAGCGCGGGACUUAGUAUUGAGAUGGGAAUGCUUCUGAUACAAUAGAUCUCCGGGAUUGCGAUGCUACGGCAGCACGUGCGUGUGCACAGAAAUUACGAUACGAUCGACGACGAUCAUAUGAUAACGAUGACGAUAAAAACAAAUAUCACAAGAAUGAAGAGGAUCGGGCCGAAAGAUCGAUUUGAUGUAGGUUAAGAGAUGUCACUUAGAAGAUAUGCAAAGAGAGGAAGACACAAGAGGGAAGCUAAUACGGCAGCGUUUACGAAGUUGUGAGAGAACCAGGGAGUGGAUUGUUUCACUGUUUUUCAGAGCCCAUCUUUUGAUUAGCUUUGCUUUUGAUUAUUUUAUUGGCUGCGUAUUCUAUACCGCGUUUUCACUUUAUUUCACACCAACAAACAUGCGAACAUUGUUUAGUACAAUUGAGUGUAAGACUGCAUUGCUGCAAGAGGCGUUUUUGCUUACGAUGAUGGGUAUUUAAAUUGACUGUGCUUGGUUGUGUACUGUUGGGUAGUGCUGCUGAGUGGCUCCACGGUUACACAUCGUUAUGUACCGUUUUUUUCGCUCACAGUUUGCCCACUACACCGUACCCAGCCCCAUUCGUUCCGUUCGAGGUUUAGCGUUCUGAAUUGAACAUUUUAACAAGUACUACUAAGAAAGGAUACAAACAGCAAAACCACAUACAUUAGCCCUUAGCUCCGUUAGACCUCGGAAGGAGGGACUAGGUUAGGUAAGAAGACUCAUACGUGGAGUAUCAGCAAAACUGCAGCUUAGAGCAACUGGAACGAUGAACAACACGGAUCAAGUGAAGCAAAACGGAGGUUAUUUUUUAACGAGCUCCCCACAAAAAAGGGUGCACCGGAGUCUCCCGGUGGCCCGGGAAAACUAUUGAGGGUAACAAAUUUUGCAUGCAAAAUUCAUAUACUUCCUGAGUAGCGUUUAAGUGAACAAACGACGCAUGGUGGAGAAGAACAUUAAUGUACCGUGUUUGUGUGGAAACGACGAGGACGAUGCUGGGCGUAAGGAGCGGCAGCUAUAUCGGGGAGGGGCGCAGAACACAGAGUAGAGUGUAGCGAAGUAAGGCCAGACACCCCUACUAUAUACAUAUAUCCGGGCCAACAAGCCACUAAAAACCGUGCAGGUGAUUUAAAGGAAAAAAGACUUUUUAUUGUGACAAAUAAUGUUUAAACGUGCAACAAACCCCGGCAGAGAGAGAGAGAGAGAGAGUGCGUGAGGCAGGCAGCAUUAUUAAGGUGCGUGCCGUCCCCAGGUCGUUCUAGGUGCUCGACGCGAGGGGUGGACGCGAACGAGAACAGAGAGAAAUCGAGACCGGACCCUAGAGAGAUAAGAGCGCAGGUGGUGAGAAAAGUGAAAUAUAUUUGUAAAAAACGCGUAAAAAACAAAAUGGCGAAGAGAAAAUGUGCACAAAAAUACGAUAAAUGAGAGGAACAGACAACACAGAGCAAACACGUUCGAGAAGGAACCGAAGGAAGUGUGUUAUGAACGUUGUACAACGAUUUUCGUUUGGUUACAGAUUUUUUCUUCCAGAACACCUUCUGUGCAAACUUACUACCGUGCUGCGCACCGGGCUUGAUAAAGCACGGGGUCUGUUUGGUAGAGCUUUCGUGAUUAUUCCUACGUUUCCGAUCAGCGAGAAACAAGUUUCUAAAUUCUUGGCCGCUCUCGUACGGAUCCCCGCCCGAUUGGUUCCUACUACUGAUGUUUGGGGUCGCGAUUGCGCAACCCUCACCACAGCGCUAUAAUUUACCAGAUAAGAUGAUUAUUUUUGUACUAUGUAGGUAUUAUCCCUUUUUUGGCGUAAGCUUUUGUGAAAGUGCGUUCUCCUGCGGAUGACAGCGGAAAACUAUUGGAAAACUAUUUACAUAUUAUGCAUACAUUACACAUACUUACUUAGCGCAUAACAGCCGUGUAGAACGUAGACAUUUUGUUUGUGUUUUCUUCAACAAAUUACGAUGUACAAUGGCCCCACAUCCCGCACCUCGUCCUGCAAUCGUCCGGCGUAGGGAAAGUGCCCCUACAACACUUAAACCAGGAAAAUCUUUACAAAUGUCCCCGUGGGGCACAACAACAAAUUCGAAUGAGUCAAACACCUUCGGCUUUGUGAUAGGGCCCUUGGAUAGGGCCAACAAUUCAGGGUUACUUACUAGCAUGCGUUUACAGCGAUUCGAUCUCAUGAAUUUUGCGUUUUUAAAUAUCGUGUUUCUACCUUCUCCAUUUCGGGCAUGCUUUGAUGAUGAUCCCAUUUUCUGUUUUCUUCCAUAUAUUUUCUCUUUCUCUCUCUCUCUCUCUCUCUCCCGAAUCCUCAUACACACGCGCGCGCGUGGUACACAACAAAAACAGAUACCGUCUUUUGCAGUGAAUUGCUGUUGGAACUGAACAAACAAACAAAAAAAUCAUAAACCGAAUCGGACACUCGGGACAGGAUUACUACCCUUAAUGCGCAUAUUUUUCUCCGCAAUCGAAAUCGUUAUCGUGUCUCGAAAUGCGGGCAAAUCGCUGCGCUGCGGAGGGCCCCGCAGCUGAGACGGCGCGCGGUGCUGUACUGUGGCCGCGCACAGCAGUUGAGGCAGAUGAGAGGAAAUAUGGUUAAAUUAUAUUUGAAAGGAAAACUUGAGGAACUGAGAGCGCGCGAAACGGCGAAAAUACGAAAAUGUAACAAAAAAAUACAAACACGAAACGACGUUGAAAU